CGUGUCUCCGUCUAUCUCCGCUUAGCAUCCGGGGAGAGAAACCAUGGCGUCCAGCGAGGAGGAGAGCGGAGCCGGCAACGGCUCGCUGGAAGAGAAGGAGAACGGCGGCAAGACGGCCGCUCGGCGUCACGGCGCCGUGACCACCACCUGGCUCAUCUUCUACAACAUCACCAUGACCGCGGGAUGGCUGGUGUUGGCUAUUGCCAUGGUGCGGUUUUACAUGGACAAAGGAACACACAAAGGCUUAUACAAAAGCAUUCAAAAGACACUUAAAUUUUUCCAGACUUUUGCUUUGCUUGAGAUAAUCCACUGUGCAAUUGGAGUAGUGCACACGUCUGUGCUCGUGACUGGGGUCCAAGUGAGUUCCCGGAUCUUCAUGGUGUGGUUUAUUACACAUAGUAUAAAGCAGAUCCAAAAUGAGGAGAGCGUUAUUCUUUUUCUGGUCGUAUGGACGGUGACAGAGAUUACUCGAUAUUCCUUCUACACAUUCAAUAUGCUCAACCACUUACCCUACUUCAUAAAAUGGGCCAGGUACAAUUUUUUCAUCAUCUUAUAUCCAGUAGGAGUUGUUGGUGAGCUCCUAACUAUUUAUGCUGCCUUGCCUUAUGCAAAGAGAUCGGGCAUGUUUUCAGUGAGACUACCCAACAAGUAUAAUGUCUCUUUUGACUACUACUAUUUCCUUCUCAUCAUCAUGGCCUCCUAUGUACCAUUGUUUCCACAACUGUACUUUCAUAUGCUUCGUCAAAGGAGAAAAGUGCUUCAUGGUGAAGUGAUUGUAGAAAAGGACGAUUAAAAC